GGCUGUGAUCUGCUAGCUCUUCAACCUACACGAAAUAAAAGAUAAGAGUUUUUUGGUUACAAUAAUAGCAAAACCUAGUUAGGUGAAUCAGUCAAUCUGCUAAGUCAGUCAGUAAGUUAGGUUUUAGAUUUUUUUGUCUACCAAACAUGUCCUGGAUCUCAAGUUUGCUGAUUCUGUUCUUGUUUGCUACAGUUUGUUUGGCCUUAAGUUCGCCCAACAUGUUGUUUCUGAACAACUACUGCGGUGAAACUGUGACUGUCAAGGGUUCGACCAUCCUGAAGUCCACCAUAUUCCAGGAUAAUGACUGCAAAGUAACGCUUGUAGCCGCCAAUGGUAACAACCUGGUGGCACACUUCAACUUGUACAAGCAGACGUCUGGGGUUGCUGCCCUUGCUCACCUGUUCACUGGCGACUGCUUGUCUGAGUACAUUCAGUUGUACAAUGAAGUUAAUCGGCCAAAAAUGGGAAGCCACGGCUACUGCAAGUCUGUGAGACCAACUGACCACUACCAACUGGGUCAGUCUGGAAGAUUUGAGUACCACGGUGUUUUCCUCAAGUACCUGACCUUUGAGCUUUUGAUCACUGAGACGUACAAAAAGUCCACGCCAGAUGAAGAAUGUCCAGCUGGUCAGUUUGUCCUGUUUGUCCCUCUGUGUAAUGCCACAUAG